AUGGAGGGUUUAAAACGGUUUAAAACGGAGAGAGGAGAGCUGGUUACGUUUGUUGGCAUAAUAAGCGCUACAGGUAAUAGUCUACCUUCUGUAUAUGUGUUUCCCAGGAUAAGAAACAUUGAAGAAUAUUUAUCUGAUGCACCACCCUUAAGCUUAGCACUUGGAAAUAAGUCUGGAUGGAUGACUAAAGACUUAUUUGUAAAAGCACUAGAACAUAUGGUUACACACACUAAGUGCAAUAAAGAAAAUAAAUUGCUAUUACUGCUUGAUAAUCAUGAGUCACAUACAACCUUAGCUGCCAUAAUGUAUGCACGAGAGCACGGUAUAGUACACACUUCCCAUAGGCUACAACCGCUAGAUGUGGCAGUUUACAGCCCAUUUAAAACUAAAUGUCCUGUGUCCAUGAAUGAAUGGAUGAUAAGUAACCCUGGCAAAACUGUCACUGUCAAACAUAUCCCAAAGAUUAUAAAGCAACCAUUUUUGCAGGCUUUUUCUCCUCAAAACAUAACCAGCGGAUUUUCGAAACCAGGAAUAUGGCCUGUUAACUCCCAGUCUUUUACCGAUGGGGAUUUUGACGGUUCUAGACUUUAUGAGAAUGAAGGAAAAGCUCAAGAAAAAAAUAUUUUAGAUUCAAAGUUGAAUAAAAAUUUACCUUCAACAUCAAAAGAGAUAUCAUAUCAAACGCUAGAAAUCGUUCUCCUCUCAAAGAAAUUGUAG